UCACUCAAACCCCCAGAACUGAGCCUCCACUUUAGUCAAUCCUCUUUGAGAAUAUCAAAGGAGUAAACAUGGAGCCGCAGUAUGUGAAUUCGCGGCGAAAAAUCCUAAACCACGCAGUUUGUAGUAUUUUAGUGGAGUGUGGCUAUGAAACUUGUGAUCGACAAGUGUUAGAAACUCUGACUGAGAUGAUACAGUCGUUCAUCGUCGAGGUGGGAGAAUCUGCCAGGAAUUACAGUGAAUUAGCCGGAAGAACAGAGCCUUUAAUUGCCGACGUGAUAGUUGCUCUGAUAAACAUGGGAAUCAAACUGGACGGUCUCGAGAGUUACGGCAAGAGGCCCCAAAAAACUGUGCUCCCUCAGCUCCAGCAGCAGACGCAAUCCAAACAAUUAAAUAUUCUUCAGGCUGGGGUGAAGCAGCCCCAUCCCUCACACAUCCCUAAUUACCUGCCAGCCUUUCCCGACCCUCACGCCUAUAUCAGAACUCCUACUCAUAAACAACCGGUUACUGAAUAUGAAGCUAUCCGGGAAAAAGCUGCGUCUCAAAAGAGAGACAUAGAAAGGGCUCUCACCAGGUUCAUUGCGAAAACUGGAGAUACUCAUAGUUUAUUUUUCUCUGACGACAACAGUGCGUUUCCUCUAAUUGCUUGCAAGCCACAAUUUCCGAGCUACCUGUCAGCCCUUCUCCCCCAGGACCAAAUAUUCGAGCCUGAACCUGAGUUUAACUUCGAGCCGAGUCCUGUGAAAAAAAGGAAAGAACCCAAACCAGCGGAAGAGAAAAAAGAAGAAGGUAAUUGUCAAGCAGCGUCUACAGAAAUUGUAGAGCAAAACGGAGAAGUUUCAACUCAACAAGACGCCAUUGAUAAUCCUUAUCUCCGCCCGGGGAAAGUGCCAGAUGGAAAGGCCCCGGUUAUCAACCUACCUGAUUUUAAAUCCAACGUGAAAAAAGAUAUUUUAGUGGACUAAUAAUUAAUCAAAGUACAUAACUUUAGAAUUUUUUUUUAUUAAGAGACACUAAGUGAUUUUAUUGAGAAGAAAGUAAGUGAAAAUCUAUUUUAUAGCGAAAUAAUUCAAGAAUAAAUGUCAUCUUCAUAUUAUUAA